ACCGUCCAUCCAGGACUUGGUGUCCAAGGCACAGAGGCUCGCUAGCCACGAUGAUGAACGCGGACAUGGACGCAGUUGAUGCUGAAAAUCAGGUGGAACUGGAGGAAAAGACGCGCCUCAUUAACCAAGUGUUGGAACUCCAGCACACACUCGAAGAUCUUUCUGCAAGAGUAGAUGCAGUUAAGGAAGAAAAUCUGAAGCUGAAGUCGGAAAAUCAAGUUCUUGGACAAUAUAUAGAAAACCUCAUGUCAGCUUCUAGUGUUUUUCAAACCACUGACACAAAAAGCAAAAGAAAGUAGGGACUGACGUCCCUUUGAUUUUAUGAAAUUGCUGCUGAUCUUUUCCUUUAAAAUUUGGGUAGGUUCCAAAAGUUAGAGUGCUUUUGUCCGUGGCUUCAUUGACUCUUUUUGAAGGGGAUUCAGAUCUCGGCAGAAAUUUUCAGAGCAGAACAGAAGACUCCUGUGGUUUGUGUUAGUCUCUAAAAACGUGCAGGUGUAUUGUAGAGACUUUAUAAUUAGAAAUGCAUAUAUUUAUGAAACUUGAAAAAAUGAAUGUUUUAUGCAAUUUGCUUGGAUUUAUAGACUUAGCACUGUCUUUUAUUCUAGACAUAGUAAGCGAUAUAAGAAAUUAACCCCGUUGUGAAAAAGUGACCAAAAUCAUGUACUGAAUGCACAGCUUUAUGUCCCUGCCCGCCGUUGUGUGCCUCUUCUCGUCUGCCUCCUCCUCCCCUGCCCUUCCCCUGCGGGAAACUCUGGUCUCUCCUGUGUCAGCGUAACUUCAGUAGUCGAUCAUCUGUGAGAAUAUUCUGAAAUCUGUUUGUUGAAACUCAACCAAAAUAAGGCGCUGGCUCAGUUGGGGCUUCUUGUUAUACUUAGGAUCAAGACUAGAAAUCGUGUUGUGUUGUUUUCUCUUUGAUCAGUUGAAAGCAGAAGCUAUACAAAUGGAUUUUAAUGUCUUUGAGAUCGAUUUGUCAAAUUGGGAAGAUGGGCUCAAGCUUCCCGUUGCACAAAAUAACCCAUUCUCUAUCCGAAAAGAUGAGCUCCGAUUAAAUGUGUUUGAAACAAGUUUUUUUAAUUUCUUUUGAGGGAAACAAAUCGGAUGGAAGAGUACUUGGCAAACAGUAGUAACCAGAUUCAAAUGUGUCUCUCCAGAUUUGCGUUAUCUUCAGCACAGAUGAGAUCCUUGGGGAAUAUACAUAUAUAUGUAUGUAUGAAAGUGGAUAGAAGUUUGACUAACCUUGUUAGUCACAUUCCAGCCACAUCUGGAAAAGAAGAGAGUUUGGUCUCAGUAUUUAUAGUACCUGGAGAUCAACUUUGCAAAAUAGCUUGAAUUUAAUAGUAUCAGAAUCAUGAAUAAAGUGGGAGUGUUUUACCUGCAUAAUAAGAGAUGCAUAUUCAGUAUUUUAUCUCACUACUUUCUCCCAGAAUUUUCUGUAAAUCCAACUAUUUGGUUUGCAGAGUUAUUAGUCUUUAAUAGUUUCUUAAAAAAUUAAUGUGUAGAUGACCUUUGGUAAAGAAAUU